AUGGUUGCCCCAGUAUUCACCGGUCACGGUGUCCGAGGCAACAGUAGCAACAAGGCCUCCGGAGCCUGGGCCCAAGAUAUUGCUAACAGAGAGGUUCUGCAACGGAGAAAAAGCGGGGAAAAAGCACCCGAGGUGACCUGCGGUAGAAAGGUUUACCCCUUGAUUCGGAGCCACUUAAGGACCAUGGCACCAACCCUAUUUGUGAGGAUGCUAAUCCUGGUGACCCUGUACGGGUGCGGGCCAAUAAGUGGUGUCCACCCGUUUACUAUUGAGGAGAUGGGCAAUCUGACGAACGAGAAUGCCAAUGUUCUCGCCAGCGUCGGGGCCCCCUCUAGUGGAGGGCAGGGCCCCGUCUGGAAUCUGAGUAAGAUCGAUCUCGCCUACACUAGGAAGCUGUCAGGUCCCAUUCCCCCUGAGCUCGGCAGCCUGACCAACCUCACCUGGCUCAGUCUCGUCAACCACGCAUUGUCAGGUCCCAUCCCCCCUGAACUCGCCAAGCUCACCAAGCUUACCUUCCUCGAUCUUUCUGCAAACAACCUCUCCGGCCCCAUCCCCCCUGAACUUUCCAGCCUGACCAACCUCACCGUACUUGAACUCUCUGGCAACAGACUCUCUGGUUCCAUUCCCCCGCAGCUCGGCAGCCUGACCAAACUUACUUGGCUCAGCCUCCACUCCAACAACCUCUCCGGCCCCAUUCCUCGUGAGCUCGGCAACUUGACCAAGGUAGAUGUGGUAUAUCUCAACAACAACACCCUCUCCGGCCCAAUUCCACCUGAGCUCGGCAGACUGACCAACGUGACUUACUUAUCCCUCAACAACAACACACUCUCCGGCCCGAUCCCUCCUGAGCUUGGCAAACUAACCGACCUCUACGCCUUGAAACUCUCCGAGAACAACCUCUCGGGUCCGAUCCCUCGUGAGCUCGGCAAAGCGAUCAUGACCCGCCUCUACGUCUUGGAACUCUCCAACAACAGCCUCUCUGGUCCGAUCCCCCUAAGUCUCUCCCGAUUUCGCAACACAACUUUUUAUCCGGGAAACUCUGGGCUGUGCUGCACCGACUGCAGCGCCAACUUCAGCUCACCGUGUCCUCCAGGAACAUCAUCAUCAUGUCCUUCAGUCGGACCCAAUGUUGUCGGCGGAGUCGUUGCGGGAGCUGCUCUUUGCCUGGCGGUCCUGUUGACAUAG